UAUUAAGUACAUCAAAAGUAAAAAAUUCUUCUGUUUGAAAAGAGAAUAUCAUCUUUAAAUUAAUAAAUUACACACCCCAGUCAUUCAUGAUGACUAUUUUGUCAAGCUUUUAAAGUUUCACCUUCUAAAUAAAUGAAAUAGGAAGUUUGUGAUUCUUGACUGUGAUAGAAAAAAAGAGAAAUAAAAAGCAAAUAGGUAUAUAUGUCACGACCAAAACUGAUCGGUGGACGUGCUAUAACCGCAACGGAGGCAAUCGAAAUCAGGCAAACAGUUUUUGGUUCUGCUUCGGCUCCACCAAGAGGGGAAUGGACAAGAACUGGAAUAACUUUUGGUCAUCAUAAUGCUGAAUAUCCUUUCGGUCUUCGUAGUCCAAAAAAUGCAACGCGAGGUCUCCAGUCUGUUAUUCAAGCUUUUAUUGUUAAAUAUUUCAUUUUUGAUAAUCGUCCUAAGGAAAAAUCGGUACCUUUGGAACAUCUUUUAAAGCCAUCAGAAACUGAACAGGUAACCGCCCUCUGGACUUCUAUUUCUGAGAUUUUAUGGAAUAUUGGAGAAAAAACAAAAACGAUUGUUUGUCUUCCUGGCGAACUCCCGCAUAUUGGCCAUAGUCAUGCUUAUUUUCAAGAUAACGUCACCGAAAAGCUUUGGAUGUUCGAGUUCAAUAACUUAGAUGAUCUUCAAAUUUUUAUCAAGCGCUAUAUUUUCUUUUUUACUGACGAUCCCAGUCCCGGCGCUCUUCUCUUUCUUUAUUCAGCUGUUUGGACUCGAGGGUUUGAGAAUGUACGAAAUGAUUUGGAUGCAUCAAAAGGCUCACAUUUAAUGGGCAAUUACGAAGAAGGUUCUUUAAAUAUAGUAACAUUAUUGCUUUCCGGCCGUGCGACUCCGUAUCUUCACAAUGGCGUGAUAUACGUUGGUGAUGAAGAUCAUUAUGCUUUACCACAAUUUGGAAUUCUAAGUCGUUCACGCGUUGGUUUACUGAUUUGGGAUGGUGCAGGUGAAGCUUUACGUGUUCAAUCAAGGCAACCAGGAUCACGAUUAAAAACUCCUGCUUUACCCGUUUGGGUAACUAGCUGUAUGGGUCAUUAUGGAGUGAUUUUCAACUCAAAUCGUGAACUUUUGAGAAAUUAUCAUGCGGAGAAACGUUUUGAAUUGCAUCAUUACACUUGUGCUGGUUUUUUUGUUUCAAUGACGGUAGAUAACCGAGGACAAGAUGACGAUGGUGGUGCAAAUUAUCAAAGACAAAAUACUAAAGUAGAUGGUAAAGAAAGUGAUGCAGGUGUUCUACAAUCAACACCUAUCGAAAAACUAAUUCAAACAAAAUGGGCUGAAAGUAAAAUCUCCUUUCUAUCGGCUGUUGACCCUGCUAAAAUGACGCUUUAAAUUAUUUCUUAUUAACUGUGUGUAUAACUUUUUGAGCAAAUAUUUGAAAUUUGUUCGAAAAAAGCUUUUAAAAGUACUUAGAUUUGUAAAGAAUUUGCUCUUCAAGUGAGUUCUUUUCGCUUUGGAAGUACAAUUUAUUGUUAUUGCUGUAGAUAUAAUGAAGUAAAAUUAAAAUUGUAUAGAGAAAUAACAUGCUGAGUUUGAAAUCAUGCGUGAUAAUUUGUAAACUCUACGAAACUGCACCUUUUAUUUGAAAAAAUUAUUAAAAGUUAUCUAUCCAGAUAUUUCAAUGAUUUAAUCUUCCGAUACGAACGAAAAUUAUUUAAAUUAGAUAUUUGUUAAAGAUAUGGAAAAAAAUUCCUAUCGGCGCUUCAAACAUUAUCUUAUGGAUCUCAUAA